AUGAUUCGGGCUGACUGAGAGAGGGAGAGGGCUGAGUAAUCCGGAGGCGGCAAACAAGCACGUGCUUGCGCCUACCUUGAAGGCGCUUGCAGUUCUUGGGCAUCAGCCAGGGCUGUUCCCCUCCACCUCUUAUCGUUCGUCAGCAUGGCCACCGCGGCGUCGCCAGCUGUCACAUCUCAUACAACGAGCCAACCUGUCUCCCCGGCAUCCGUAUCCUACCAGAAUAACCACAUCGACCUCACAAGCGACGACGACGAUGACGAUGACACGACCGAUUACUCUAGGUUUGCGAAGCGGCCACGCGUCGAUUCAUCGAGAGUGUCGCAGUCCGGCCAGUUUCCCUCGGCCAUCCCGACAACAAACGCUCGUCCCAAUUAUCAGCCGUAUGCGCCCUCGAAUUUGAAUCCCAUCGCCUACCGGCCUGCUUUCGCCUCAGCGACUCCAUCUGCCUUUGUUUCUGCGCCGCCUUCUGUCCCUGCCGUCGCUCCUCCCCGCGCUUUCCAACAACCCGUCGCUGGUCCAUCGAGAGUGCCUUCUGCCGCAGGACCGCACGUUAUUGAUCUCACAACGUCGCCUUCGCCUCCUCCUCCUCUCAUGAACGGACCCCCGAACCUUCCGGCAGAUCUCCCGCCGAAGACGCCUGUAUGCAUCGGACAACUCGGCGUUACAGCUCUUGUCUUAUAUCCGACGCAAUACCUGCUUCCAUCCUCAAACAUGCACGAGGAAUGGGCACCAGUCCGUCUGCAGUACGAACACAGCCCUACCAAGCCUGUGGGCUCGACGGAAACGAUCCAUAUCAAGGCACCGCAGGGACGGGGGGCGAACGGAGAACAACUGAUGGGCGAGGCGUUUGGUGUGGUGGAGCAAAAGGUGGCAUCUGCGUUGGGGCCCAUGUUGGGAAAGGGUCUUAUCCGUCUAGACGCGAAAGUACGCAAGGGUCCUCCCAAUCUUCCUAUCCUGCCUCUCCAAAUGCUCGUUUACACGCCCAAGGGCAACAUCCCUGUCGUUGGAAACUACCUACAUCAAUGCGGGUUGCUCCUCGAUCAUCCUUCACCUCCAUACGAUAUGUUUCGCAUCCUUGGGCAGAAUCAGCAUUAUCACAACCCGCACAAUCCACCACCAGGCGGCCAUCGCCCUCAGCAAGCCCGUCCUUUCGUCCAGCAAUCGAACAUGAGCCGAUGGAGUACGCCUCAGGUGUCGGGCAAGAGCGUAGAGGUACAGAGAAGUCAAGUAGACGAGCUAUUCCAAAGCCUGAAGAGUGGCGAUGAAUUGAUGGAGACGGAACCCAGUUCGGAUGUGGCGACCAGGCUGUAUCCGCACCAGAAGAAAGCAUUGACCUUCUUGUUAGAACGAGAACGGGAGAAACCGGGGCCAGACGGGAAGUUCUCUUCUCUAUGGCAGCAACGCGGCCAUACUUCACAACCUAACUGGUUCCACACGAUCACCAUGAAAGAGACAUACCAGGAACCUAAAGAGGCCAAGGGUUCCAUCCUCGCAGAUGAUAUGGGUCUCGGGAAAACGAUCACAUGUGUUUCUCUGAUCGCUGCGACUUUACCUUCUGCUCGCCAAUUCGCAUCGACCCCUCCGGACUCCUUCGCUCACAUUCGCGACGACUCGGAGCCACCGUCCCCCUCCGGCUUCGCAGGCAGCGUAUGGAACAUGCCAGAUACCGCUGCGUCCAUCAAGGCGAAACAAAAGGCCGCCCGAGCGCAGGAGAAGCUGGACGCCGAGCACGUGCGAGCGUCGCGAAUCAAAGCCAAGAGUCGCGCGAGCUUGAUCAUUUGUCCGUUGUCGACUGUGUCGAAUUGGGAAGACCAGUUCCGGGAGCAUUGGCGGGGGCAAGUGCAUGUCGUCGGAGGCGCAGGCGGAUGUGUGCCCGCCACGGCUUCGCAGGCGAUGACGCAGGCUCUGUCCAAUCCUUCGACGUUCCUCGAGGAUGGCAAGUCCCAUGGAUCUCCUCUGCGCGUUUAUAUCUACCACGGCAAUGCCCGCAGACCCGAUCCCGCCUACCUUGCCGAUUUCGACGCCGUCAUCACGACAUACUCGACCCUUGCAUCGGAGUACUCCAAGCAGAACAAGAGCAUCGUCAAUGCUGAGGCAGAAGACGACGACGACGACAGUAGCGACGGAGGAAUCGAGAUCGACGAGCGUGGGAUGCAGGUUCUGAAGCUGCCCAAGGCGAAAAAAGGUUUAAAGCGGAAAAAGAGUGGGAUCCCUAAUGGUGGAAUGGAGGUUUCGAGUGCGCUGCAGAGCAUCCACUGGUUCCGAGUGGUCCUUGACGAGGCCCACUGCAUCAAGGAGACCGGAACCGUUGGCAGCCGGGCAUCCUGUGAUCUUAUGGCUGAUCGGCGAUUGUGUCUGACGGGAACUCCGGUGCAGAACAAACUCGAUGACGUGUUUGCUCUGAUCAAGUUCCUGCGAUUGGAGCCGCUCGACGACAAGAAUGUGUGGACGGAGUACAUUGGCAGCCCCGUCAAGUUUGGACAAGCUCUUGGUGUAGCACGGCUGCAGAUGAUUAUGAAGUGCAUCACCCUGCGCCGCACCAAGGAAUCGAAGAAGCAGGACGGCAGCAAGAUUCUUGAUCUUCCUCCGCGGCGAGAUGAGCUGCGUUAUCUCAAGUUCGAUGAGCAAGAGCAGGGCAUCUACGACCAGUUCUAUCACGAAUCCAAAGCGGAGUUCGAGGACCUGACGGACAAGAACGAAGUCAUGAAGAAUUACGUGGGCAUCCUGCAGAAGAUUCUGCGUCUUCGACAGAUCUGUGACCACUGGGAGCUAGUCGAAGGCAAAGGUCUUGGGCAGCAACUAGAUUCCGCCGCCUCCUACGAGGACAUCGUCGCUGAUGUGUACCGCGAUGGCAUCAAUCCGGCACGGGCGGCGGCCAUCUUCGCGAUCUUGCGAGAAUCGUCUACGACGCAGUGCGUCGAAUGCGGCGGUGAGCUGUACAACGGGAGCAGUGAUGUGGCACAGGACAUGGAUGCCGACGGCCCCUCUGGGUCCAAACGCACUCGCAAAACGAAGGGGACGACGUCGCGAGGCCCGACACGAGCGAACAGCCCGUCAGCAGCCCCCCGGCCGGUGCUCACGCGUUGUCAACACCUGUUCUGCAUCGAUUGCUAUCGGGCGUGCAUCUGUCCGGGAUGGCCGAACGUCCCGGCGGACACCCGCCGCUCGUGCUCGGCCUGCCAGACCGGCCUGAGUCCUCUGGAUGCGGUGGAGAUCAAACCCGAUGCGGGCGAAACCACAGCAAAGAAGAAGCCCGCCAAACGGGAGAAGCGACAGAAAGGCGGCUCGUUGGAGAAUUUCCAUCCGUCGACCAAGGUGAAAGCCCUGCUGGGCGACCUCGUGCAGUUUUCUCGGGCCAACCCUUACUCGGGCAACUACGAGCCGGAUGCCGACGACGUGCAGAUGAUCGAUAACGAGGGCAACCGGUUGGAUGACGGCGUCGUCAAAACUGUCGUUUUCUCGCAGUGGACGUCGAUGCUUGACAAGAUCGAAGAUGCGCUUGAAGCCGCUGGCAUCCGGUAUGACAGAUUGGAUGGGACCAUGCGUCGAGACGAUCGAACACGUGCCAUGGAUGCACUCAAGCACGACCCUGGUGUCGAGGUCCUGCUUGUCAGUUUGAAGGCUGGUGGGGUGGGUCUUAACUUGACGGCCGCACAACGGGUCUACCUCAUGGACCCUUAUUGGAAUCCUGCCGUCGAGAACCAGGCCGUAGAUCGUAUUCACCGACUGGGUCAAACUCGUCCCGUGACCACAAUCAAGCUGAUCAUCGAGAACACGAUCGAAGCGCGGCUGCUCGAGGUGCAGCGCAAGAAGACGGAGCUUGCGAACAUGACCCUUGGCCAGUCGUACAGCAAGUCCGAGAUGAUGGCCCGUCGUAUGGAUGAGCUGAAUGAGCUGUUCGGGUGAUUGCUAAUGCAUAUAUCAUAUGUACAUGUCUCUAUAAUUCUGUCUUGCGCGUAUAAUUCAAUCUCAAAAUGCGAAAUGGGCUGCGUUCUUGCGCGUCCCAAAUAGAUAUACUGUCCGGUCUCGGUCAGCCCACAUCUUACAUGCCAAAAAAAAGAACCGACUGACCGAGAACCUGGCUCACAAACAAACCGAUCGUCACACCACAUGCCACUGAAAUCAUCCGGAGCGCCAGCGAGAACCCACUCGAGUAUUGAUCCGCAGAAUUUUUGUACGUUUGAG